AUGUGCACGAGCUUCUCCAGGAAUUUGAGGGAGUACUAGGCGAACCUAAGGGACUACCUCCGCACCGGGAGUUCGAUCAUCGCAUACCUCUGAUCAACGAACAACAUGCAAUCCACGUUCAUCCAUAUAGGUACGCUCACUUUCAGAAAACCGAGAUCGAACGGCAAGUGGCCGAGAUGCUUGAAUCAGGACUAAUACAACAUAGCAAGAGUCCGUUUUCUUCUCCAGUCCUGUUAGCCAAAAAGAAAGACGGCACGUGGAGGUUCUGCACUGACUACCGAGCUCUAAACGCUGCAACCAUCAAGGACCGAUUUUCUAUUCCAAGUGUUGAUGACAUGCUCGAUGAGUUAGCCGGGUCACGCUAUUUCUCUAAACUCGAUCUAAGAGCUGGUUACCAUCAGAUUCGACUCCACAAAGCCGACAUUCUCAAGACGGCCUUUCGUACACACCAGGGACACUAUGAGUAUCUUGUCAUGCCGUUCGAAUUAUGCAACGCCCCAUCCACUUUCCAGUUCGCCAUGAAUUCUAUCUUCAAGGAGUAUCUGCGUAAGUUCGUUCUGGUAUCCUUUGAUGAUAUCCUGAUCUAUUCGAAGUCAUGGGGCGAACAUCUUGGGCAUUUGAGAGUGGUGCUCGAAUUUCUGGAGGCCAACGCGUUCCACAUAAAGCCGUCCAAAUGUUCUUUUGGGCAGAUGAUGGUUGAAUAUUUGGGGCACUUCAUAUCACACGAGGGCGUGAAGGUCGACCCACGAAAGAUUGAGGCUAUGGUCGAUUGGCCUAAGCCAACUAGUCUCACGCAGUUGAGAGGAUUCCUAGGUCUCACGGGCUACUACCGGAAAUUC